UUUCUGAAAUCUGAACAGCAAUCGAAUUGAAACCAUAGGGUUUUCGUUUUUUUUCACAGUGAAUCAUUCUUGUUUUGUUGAAGCUCCACUAGCGCACAUGAAUCCCUGAAUUUCUCAGCAUGAAGUAGUAAACUUGAUACCUUACAGUUACCGGCAUUGCCCCUACAAUCGAGCGAGCGCCAUUGAAAUGGACGGAGCAGCAGCUUCUUCUUCACCGUCGACUAUUAAACCCAUAAACAAGAGCGUAGUGCAUAGAAUUUGUGCGGGUCAAGUUAUUCUGGACCUUCCCUCUGCCGUCAAGGAAUUGGUUGAGAAUAGCUUGGACGCCGGAGCUACCAGCAUCGAAGUCUCCCUCAAAGACUAUGGUGCUGAAUCCUUCCAGGUCAUUGAUAACGGUUGUGGCAUCUCACCUCAAAAUUUCAAGGUACUGGCGCUAAAACAUCAUACCUCAAAACUAUCAGAUUUUCCUGAUCUUCAGUCAUUAGUGACUUUUGGAUUUAGAGGCGAGGCUUUGAGUUCACUUUGUACUUUAGGGGAUUUGACGGUUGAAACAAGAACGAAGAAUGAGCAAAUUGCGACACACUUGACUUUUGAUCAUUCGGGCCUUCUGAUAGCUGAAAGGAACACAGCUCGCCAAGUUGGUACCACUGUGACUGUUAAGAAGUUGUUCUCCACUUUACCGGUGAGAAGUAAAGAGUUUCACCGCAACAUCCGGAAGGAAUAUGGAAAGCUUAUCACAUUGCUGAAUGCCUAUGCUCUUAUUUCUAAGGGAGUCAGACUAGUUUGUACCAACUCAGCUCUAAAAAAUGCAAGAUCUGUAGUUCUGAAGACUCAGGGAAGUGGAUCUCUGAAAGAUAAUAUUAUAACAGUAUUUGGUAUGAGUACCUUUACUUGUCUGGAGCCUCUGAAAGUAUGUAUGUCCGAUGGUUGCACUGUUGAAGGAUUCAUUUCCAAGUCUGGCUAUGGUAGUGGACGCAACUUAGGAGAUCGACAAUAUUUUUUUGUGAAUGGACGGCCAGUGGAUAUGCCAAAAGUUGGCAAGCUUGUCAAUGAGUUGUAUAGAGGUGCAAACUCUCGGCAAUAUCCCAUUGCAAUCAUGAAUUUUGCGAUCCCACCAAGAGAAUUUGAUGUCAAUGUAACUCCAGAUAAAAGAAAAAUAUUUUUGUCUGACGAAAGGUCCAUAUUGCACUCUUUGAGAGAAGCUUUAGAAAAGAUAUAUUCAUCUAAUCAUGCUAGUUAUGCUGUUAAUAGUUUCCAAGAGGUUGAAGAAAAACAUACAUCCACUCCUUCCCAUCUUGAGGCCUUUCAGUUUCAACCCAAGCAAUUACUGUCAGAUAUCAAUGAUGCUCAGGAAGGUGACUGCAUUGGAGAACUACGUAAAGAUGGUCAUUUUCUCAAAAAGACUCAGGAAUUAAAAGAUAUGUCUGUCACGGAGGUGAUGCUAAAUGAUGGAAACAGGUCAACAGAGAAAGACUUCAGUCUUCGAUUCCAUGGAAAGAAGAAAGACAAUAACAGUUCCAGAAGUUCCCUGCAAGAGGUCGGUGGUCUGCCUACUGCUAUAACCGACAGACAUGCACUCACCCCAUGCUCAAAAGAUAAAAGCUGUAUUGAUAAUGCACGUUAUGUUGAUCGUGCAAGCAUUGUCCAGUCAUCACUCACCAAAUUUGUUAUGGUAAAUAAGAGAAAGCACGAGAAUUUGAGUACUACAUUAUCUGAGGUACCUAUCCUGAGAAAUGGAUCGACUGUCCACCCAUCAGGAGAAGACAAUACUUUGAAGAAUACUGCAUCUUUAAGAUCUCCAGAUAAUCCAGUUAAGGCUGAUAAGUGUGAUGAAGUGACCAUUAAUGACUCUGGAUCUUCCGAGAUCUCAAAGAUAGACAGAUUUCUUCAUCAAAUGAAGCACUCAAGAAUGGGUAGAGUCCUUGAUCAAACAAAUGAUUUUUCUCCACCUGGAAAUAGUACAAAAAAUGGAAGAUUUGAACAGGAGCAUGAAGUUCAAAUGAAUGAAUUAUGUGUAACUGAACCAGUGCCUCUUGAUUCUACUUGCAACAACAUCCAUAAUGUGUCAGAAAAUAUGGUAGAUGCUUCUUCUUCUGAACAGCCUGCUAGUCUGACUCUGGAUCCUCCUAAGGCUUCAUCUAAUUCAAAGAUUGCUUCAACAUUGCAAUUUAGUGUGAAAGAACUUGUAUCAAGAAGGAACCAGAGGCUGUCAAGAUUGCAACUCCUUAAUCAUACAUCUCAAAGAAUGAAAACAAAGAGGGAUUAUGCUGCAGCAACCCUGGAGCUCUCCGGAUCAGAAAAUGAAGAGGCAAAGGCAAGGGCAUUGAUUGAUGCUACCAAUGAGUUGGAGAAACUUUUCAAGAAAGAAGAUUUUACUAGAAUGAAGGUGAUCGGGCAAUUCAAUCUUGGAUUCAUUAUAGGCAGGUUGGAUCAAGACCUUUUUAUCGUUGAUCAGCAUGCCGCAGACGAGAAGUAUAAUUUUGAGCGCCUGUCGCAAUCAACUAUCUUGAAUCAGCAACCUUUACUUCGGCCCUUGAAGUUGGAACUAUCUCCUGAAGAAGAAAUAAUUAUUUCCAUCCAUAAUGAUACUUUCAGGAAAAAUGGAUUUCUCUUGGAAGAGGAUCUGUGUGCUCCUCCAGGGCAUCGUUUUAAGCUAAAAGCAGUUCCCUUCAGCAAAAAUCUAACUUUUGGAAUUGCAGAUGUGAAAGAACUCAUUUCCAUUCUUGCCGAUAGUGAGGAAGAAUGUUCCAUAAUGGGUGCUUAUAAGAAUGAUACAGCCGAUUCCUUAUGUCCUCCUAGAGUUCGUGCAAUGUUGGCAUCGCGUGCAUGCAAAUCAUCUGUUGUUAUUGGAGAUCCACUUGGAAGAAAUGAGAUGCAAAAGAUACUUGAUAAUCUCUCACGCCUCAAGUCUCCGUGGAAUUGUCCACAUGGUAGACCAACAAUGCGUCACUUGGUUGAUCUGAGGACCGUACAUAGAAGAUUAAAUGCGGAUGAAACCACCUUAUGAACUCCAGUUGGCAACAUCACCUAACUGAAUCGAAGCAGGACUUCUUUUUGUAAAUUAUUAGACACCUGUAGAUUGAAACUGCAUUUUGUCUAUGGAAAUAGAAUUAUAUGACUCAUUGUGGUUAAUUUAACAUUCUUGUUUUCUGUU